AUGGCAACAGUCCAGAGACCUCCGAGAUCCAGUGACACUGCCCUCCACGCCAUGGGCAGCGUGGGUAGCCUGCUGGAGAGACAGGACUUUUCCCCCGAGGAGCUGCGGGCUGCCCUGGGGGGUGCCCGAGGCUCACGCCAGCCCGAUGGACUCCUUCGGAAGGGUUUGAGUCAGCGAGAGCUCCUCAGCUACCUUCACCUGGCCAAGAAGGACUCCAAGACCAACAAACGCUGGCCAUCAGGGGGGUCUCACCGGCAGGGGGAUGAUGACCAUCAUAGCAACUAUUCUGGUCUCUACUACCGGGAGCACCCCCGGGGGGCUGACUUCACCAAGACCUCCCUGCCUGAGCGGGGCCGCUUUGACAAGUGCCGCAUCCGCCCCUCAGUCUUCAAACCAACGGUAGGUACAGGGAAGAGCUUCCUGUCCAUGCAGAGCCUGGCAGCCCACAAGGGCCAGAAGCUGUGGAAGAGCAAUGGAAGCCUCCAUACACUUGUGUGCAACCCCCCCCUGAGCCCUGGUCCCCAGGCCAGCCGUGCUCGGGCCCAGCUGCUGCAGGCCCUCAGUCUGGAUGAAGGCGGCCCCGACCCUGGCCUGUCUGACUCCUCCAGCGGUGGCAGUGGUGGCCCUGGCCCCUUCAGUGCCUCUGUGGGACAUGUCAACCACCUUGGGGGCUCCCUGGAUCGAGCUGCCCGUAACCCUAAAGAGCAGGCCUUGGUGACUGCAGGUGAAAUGGGGCCUUUGGCGGCUCUGGGCUGCCUGCCUGAGCCCCCACCGCCCUAUGACUUCACCUACACUGCUCAGAUGGCCCAGGACUCGAUGGCCCUGCGGCAGGGCCAGCCUGGGGUUGGGGGUCUACCAGAACUGAAGGGAGGCCUCGGUGACGAGGAUGGUCCCAGUCCAUUUGCACAGGAACUGGAGGAUAGGCAGCAGCUGUGGCUGGCUGAGCUGAAGCAUCUCUAUGACGAGAAGCUGCAGGAGAUAGCCCAGAAGGCCGAACGGAACGAACGGAGCCUCCAGCUGCAGCUCUUCAUGGCUCAGCAGGAGCAGCGGAGGCUGCGGAAGGAACUCAAUGCUCUCCAGGGCCUGGCCAAGGAGCCCCUGCACUCCCCGGACCGCACCAGUCCUAGUCUGGAGGAGGAGGCCAAGUGGGAGGUGGGCCAGAAAACUUCAGAAAUCUCUCUCUUGAAGCAGCAGCUGCGGGAGGCCCAAGCAGAGCUGGCCCAAAAGCUCGCAGAGAUCUUUAGCCUGAAGACCAAACUCCGAAGCAGCCGGGCCCAGGCCGAGGCCAAGGACAGUGAGCUGGCCCGGCUCCGGGACACCCUCUGCCACCAGAGCCCCCCGGAGGGGCCAGGCCCGGGGGAACUGCCUGACGGGGGUUGUGAAACGGAUGAUUCCAAGAGCCAGGGCCUUCGAGGGGAGGCGGGCAGCAGUGGGGCAGAGAGACUGUGGAGCGAGCUGCAACGGGAGCGCCAGCAGGGGAGGGAGCAGGCCCUGCUCUUUGAGCAGGAGCGGAGGACGUGGCAGGAGGAGAAGAACAGGGUCCUGCGGUACCAGCGGGAGAUCCAGGUGAGCUACAUGGAGAUGUACCACCGCAAUCAGACCCUGGAGCAGGAGCUGAGGGAGCUGAGGGAGCUUCGAGCCCCCCAGGCGCCGUGGAGCCCGAGGCUUGAGUCCUCCAAAAUCUGAGUGCUGCUGGAGCCGAGUAGGUGGCUGUCACAGGACCCCACAGGGAGAGUCCUUGGGAAAAGUUGGGAGGGAAAAGCCCCCUUCUCUCUCUCCCCAUUCCUCUGUAGGGUUGUAGGCCCUGAGAAGAGAGAGAUGGGAGAUCUCCAUGGGGGGCUAGGCCAGGCCGGGGAGGAGGGCUCCCAUUGUGGGCACUGCCCUCGUUUGGUGCUUGGAAGCAGAAGCUCAGGGGGUGUUUUCCCCCCUUUAUCAUUUGUCCAAGUGUGUCCCGAUGCCUAACCACUCCCUGGAUUGAUUAUGUGAUCUGCAUCCCAGAUCCAGUGAAAAGGCUGGGAGGGUUAGAGUAGGAUCCCCCAUGACAGAGUGGUGGGGGAAAGGGCUGGAACAGGAGCGGGAGCCUGGAGACCGUGAGCCCCUAUGUCAUGUCCCCGACUCCUUGCGGGCCAGUGUGGGGAGACACAGGUGCCCCGCUCCUCAAAGAAUAAAGCCAUGCUGUUGUGGUGUUGUUUUUUAAACUGGAGACUCUGCUCGCUUUGUUGAAGCCUGCUUCUGUCAGAUGUUGUCCCAGAGGAGUGUGUUUGGGAAAGGCGAAGGAGAGCCUUGCAAAGACUUGACCCAGGUGAGGGGGUUGCAGCCCGGCUUUUAGAUCCCUUUCCUGUCAGGGUCUGGACUCUCUGAAUCCAAUUCCAUCGGGUUACAGGAAGGAAGGCAUUUCCCCUGGGCUUUGCAGGGGUAGGAGAGGGUCUUCUGAGCUUCACUGAGUGAUUCUCCCACCUUUCAGAUUUAGGGGAGGAACAAAGCCUACUUCCAAAAUCCUACUGAGAGGACUUUACAAGGGACCUAAAGGAGGGGCUCUAGGGGAAGCACGAAGCAAAAGGAGAUAGGAGUCUGUGAUCAAGUUUGCAAAGGCUCAAAGUCAUCCUAUUCUUUGGUGGUAGCCGAUAUUUCCCCAUUUUCCCCUCCCUACACUGGCAGGAUUCAGAUGCAUCCUGGGGCACCUGGACGAUCCCAGCUUGAAUCAAUGUCCAUUGGGACUUGAUUUACACCUUCCCAAUGAUGGUGGGCUGCUUUUCUACAGCAUCAUGAGAAUUCCUAAGCUUUGACAUUGGUCAUUAUCUUUGGGACCUUUGGGCCCUCUCAGCUCUGUAGCUGAGCUUUCCUACAGUGGCUUCUUGUCCACUCAGGGUGACCUUCUGGAGGGCAAAGGGGUGGGGCUGCUGCUUUUUAUCUUUGUAGCCCACAUAAUAAAAACUUUUUCUUUCA